GAGAAAAAGGGGAAACAGGGAACAUUUAACGAGUGAAAGCAUCUCUUCAAACGCAGCUUGGCUAUAAAUAGAUAAAAAUUAGGUUGAGUCGCGGCGACAUGGAACCUCUUCGGGCAAGUCGGCAGGGUGACCAACCGGCAAGGCGGCAACACAAGACCACAUCCCCCACCGCCUCCACCCGCGGCCACUCCCCCAGCCACUCUCAGUUACCUGUCAGCAGGCAGGUGGGAGAGUGCGAGUGACGGGAGGCUGGAGGCACGCGACAAUGGCUCUGCUGUGAUUCAUUAGACAAACUGGAUCAUAACUCCUGCCGUAUCUAGUCUAUGAAAGACACCUGCGGAGAGGACGUGAUCGCUUUGCCCAGAACCCUUGCUCGCCUUGCUGCCUGCCCGGUGUGUGGGUCUGUGUGUGUGUGUGUGUGUGUAUGUGCCAUGCUGUGCUGUAGACGAUCAACGGCGGCCUCCCCGGCAUCUGUGUUGACGACUCCCGACACGGUCUCUUAAGUAACAAUCCCGGAACGCAAGAUAACCCGACAUAGCCAACAGGUGAAGUGGUAACAAGAACAACACCAAAAACAGUGAUCUCUACUUCUAGCUCAUACCUCCACUACCCAUCUACAAAAGGCUGAGAGAAAAUGUGACUGUUGCUUCUAUCGCUGCGUUUCCAGUUCCAUGAGAUGCAUUUAGAUUACCGAGAGGCCUAAAGAAAGAUCGUGACCCGUUACUCAAAGCACUGACCUGUUUGUUGCUCCUGACGUUACGGUGUUGCAAGUGUUGCUUCGUCAGCGCCUCCUGCAGCCAUGGGAGGGAGGAUAACACACAAACACAUGGUCCUGGGCGCCGUAGUGUUCUAUAGCAUCCUCGCCCUCACCACCAACAUCCUGGAGACCCCAGACGACAAGAGGGACAUCUUCAGACUCGAAAAACUGGUUCUUCGGCCGCGGGAGGAGGUGCAGGUGGUGGAGUUUCAGGAGAGGCGGGCGCGGGUGAAGGAGGUGUGUGCCGCGUGGGGCGCCUACACCAGCAAGGUCAAGUUCCUGAAGGCGGUGCAGAAGUCGACGGAGGACAAGAUCAAGGACGACAUACGCAGGGACAAGAAAGACCUGUCGCAGUCCCAGCUGGAGAGACUCUGGCAGCUGAACAAGAGGUCGUCGUUCCACCAGAUCUUCGUGGACAGGAGUCACUCCCUCACCUGGUGCAAGGUGCCCAAGGCCGCCAGCACCAGCUGGCUCCACGCCUUCCUUCAGCUGGCGGGCGUGGAGGAGGGCGCGCUGCGGGACGUCUCUCGCGAACACGUCUUGCUGCGGGACAAGUACCCGAUGCUGCCCGCCGCCCUGCUGCGCCGCACCAUGCCCGUCACCAUGAAGUUUAUGGUUGCACGCCACCCCUUUGAGCGGGUCCUGUCUGCCUACCGUGACAAGCUGGAGGACUACGAGCGGGACUUGAAGUUCAGGGGUGGGUACUACUACUCCAUCUACGGCAAGAAGAUCGUCAAGGUGUACCGCAAGUCCAGCAUCAAGGGGAGCAAAGAGCCGGACCCCGACCAUGCCCGCAAGGAGCCCACGUUCAGGGAGUUUGUGCAGUACCUCCUGGACACGGACGUGGAGGAGUAUGACGAGCACUGGCGGCCCAUGUUCCUGCUGUGCACACCCUGCCACGUCAAGUAUGACAUCAUUGCCAAGAUGGAGACGCUCACUCAGGACUCGGACUUCAUCCUGUUCCACCGCGGCCUGGCAGAUAAGGUGCAGAUCCAGUGGUCGCACCGCACCGACCUGGCCCACAAGACCUCAGACGUGGCUGAGAGGUACUACUCGCAGCUCACGUCGACGGAGGUGAAGCAGCUCUACUAUAAGUACUUGAUGGACUUCCUGAUGUUUGAGUACGACCUUGACCCGUACAUGAAGCUGGUGGCCACCCCGAACAUGAACAUGAGCCUUGGCGUGGAGGGGAACGAGGAGGACGAGGAAUACUAUUAUUAUGACGAUGAUGAGUAUGAGGAGGAAGAUGAAGAAGAGGAAGAAGAGGAGGAGGAAGAAGAGAUGAAUGGGGAUGGGGAGGAGAAAGACACAGCUGGUGCUCAAGUGAUAGGUGAUACUUUGCCAAAUGUAGCAGAAUAUGCCCUGAAUGAAAGUGGAAAUGCAAUAGAUAAUAAACUACCUGAUAUAUACUGAUAACGGUAGAUGCUAUUAUGGUUGCAGUAUUUCCGUCAUCCUCUCAUCACCUCCAUUACUGGUCAAGCAAGGUAACUGUAAUGGGAGAACAAUGGAACACAAGUUGCCAGACAUUCACAGCUUCCCAGGCGUGAUCAAUAAGUGCCCCUUGUGCUCCAUUAUAUAUCAGUCUCCGAUGGACUUGGUGCUGUGCAGUGACGCUUGUUGCAGUGAGUGUCAGGUUGCAAAGGUGCCUUCCCACCACUCCAUGUCCACUGCUGCAACUCUUCUCAUCAUAGAAAAAUACAGUGCUACAGUACAGAUUUACAGUUCUAGAAGUAGAACAAACAUACUUACACUUGUGGUUCGGUGUCACAAUUGUUUUGUUGUUAUAAUUGUUCAAACAGCUACAAAAUCCUGUGCUUAGUAGAGAGGAAGGAUCUAGAUGUGAGCAACAAGGUUGCCAGACGAUGACCAGAGAGUCACACGCUGCAAACGCUGGCCACAAGCUCUGCUGCAGCCACCCAGGGUGACGCUGCACUCCACAGCCUAGGAUACUUCUUGAACUUCACAGAUCUGGACUCAUUCCAUUACCUAUAUACAAAACUUAACAAAGGCAACUUUUUGGGCAUCAUUCAUUCACAUCACUUUGUAACCUCAUAAUCUCUUCCCUGUUUACUAUAUAGGAGACGCUUGUGCUGUCCAUGGCACCGGUUUUAUGUACUUGUUCAGUACCAGUAUAUGGUGUUGUUGAUACCUAGGCCGGUGGACAAAGAUUCGGAUCUUCCAGUCGCCUCUGCUCCGUCUUACUGUAUGGCUGUGAGACAUGGACACUGAACAGUGACUUAGAGAGGCGUGUUGAAGCCUUUGGUACCAAGUGCACCGCAAUGUCAUGGGGUAUUGUUGGGAUGACUUUGUGUUGAACCAGCGACUACUCCAUGAACAUGAAUCAAGGCCUGUCACCAGCUUAGUCCAUCAACACCAUCUCUGGCUUUAUGGGCGUGUGGCAUGCCUCCUGGACGUUGAUCCUGCUCACAGGGUUGUUUAUGUAUGAGACAGCCCUGAGUGGAGGAGACCAAGGGGACGCCCUCGUAAUUCAUGGCUGGGGCAAGUCAGCUGGUGCUGCCAAGAGGGACUUGAAAUGGACAGGCAGCUGUGUGGGAGCUUGUUUUGGGGACUGUUGGGAGUGGAGGCGGCGAGCAGGUGAAUCGAUGUGCCUCGGGCGUGUGCUCCCCUUUACUUAGUUAGGACACAUGCAUAUUUAAUGUCAUAAGGACAUUUCCCUUUUUUACAUUAUGUGACUCAGACAAUAUCUCAUGUCACCUCAUAGUUCCCUCUCCAUUCACAUUUCCAGCCAGUCAACCUCUUCCUCUGCUUGACAGAGAGACAAGGGAUUCCACUCUCCACCAGUACAGGCAGCCUGAGACACAUCUAUGUUCACUGGGUCACAGCCUUGCAGUUGCUAAGAGAAGUGUGUGUGUGUGUGUGUGUGUGUGUGUGUGUGUGUGUGUGUGUAUUUUUCACCAUGGCCUGAUCACGAGUUUGACCCGCAAUCACCAGCAAGUACCCUCACAAUUGGAGCAAGGCUCUUUAGUUGAUCUCUGGGUACUGCCAGGACCUCACACAUCACACACCCCAUCACCCUUGCUCAAGGGGGGACAGUAAUUGCUUCUACUCAGCAGGAAAAACCCGGUCUGAGAGGGGCUCAAACCGCUGCCUGGCAAGUUGCGAAGCCUGGCACUACAGUGCUUUACUGACUGAGCUAUCAGAGCGGUGUGUGUGUGUGUGUGUGUGUGUGUGUGUGUGUGUGUGUCCUUUGCCAUGGCAGUUACGUCUAGUGUCGCUCAAGGAUGAUUACAUCCUCUAAAAUCCUACUGACCAAUCACACCUUCUGUCUGUUCCUUUUGUUGGGUUUUCAGAUUCUGUUAUGCUGUACAGUAGUUCGGGAUGAUUUGGAAUCAGGCUGGACACCCAGGAACUCAUUUUAGCACAUUAAAGCAAUGAGCAAUAAGCAAUUCAGCUGAGGACUGAACCACAGCCUCUUUACUGUAUUUGUUAGUCCUCAUGAGGACCCUGUAGGUUUGUGGGACACCUCAAGUGUGCCUCUAUGGUGUACUAAUUAACACCCCUCACUGUGAAUUCCCGGACCCAGAUUUGAUCCCUACCUGGGUAGUUGGUGCUCAGCUCACCCAGCUGCUCAUGCCCCCUUUUGGGCUGGUUGAUAAAUGAAUUCCUGGGGAAGGUAAACUGUGGUAACCUGGAUGUCACACUUGCCCUGUGUCCUGUAGUAUGGUGUUCUUACCCGCCCGGCUCAAGGGCCAAUGUGAGCUGGAGAUAAACAAUGAGGCCACACACAGCUAAGUGUGUAAGUGCACAAUUUUACCUUUUGAAUGUGACUAAAAGAUGUCAAGAAGUGCUAACUAGAAGCCUGCCCAUACUCUUACAAAUAAUUAGGACUUAUCACAUGGGAGAAAAUACUGUAGGAAGAAAUGAAAACGGUCCUAGAGCUGAAUUACCCAAAAAGCAUAACCAUUUUCACUCCUUAUUAUCUAUGCAAACUUUAUGUAGCAAAAGUAAGAUCUUUUGCUGUACAUGUACGUAUUAAACAUACACAAUGGCAGUAAUGCUUCCUGCAAAACACUUGGGAAAAAUAAAGAAAAAAAUUAUCCCUGCCCUGGAUGGAUGGUGUUGUGUGUUAGUAAGUAGCUGCACUCUUAGAGCCUGUGCUCAUGAUGGCUCCCAAAGUCUUGGCCAUAAGUGAUGCAGUGCAUGCUUUUGAGCUGUACUUCUGGCACAAGGUACACGGUGGGUACUGUAUGUGUGUGUAAAUUCUCUUAAUUUUCUUGUAUGAGUGUUUGGUCAAUCCUCCAGAUGCAUAUUUGGCCUUUUUAUCAUAGUAGCAUGUUGCUUUAGUGUAUUUAUGUAUACCAUUGUGUAUAUGAUACACUCUAAAAUCACAACAUACAUAGUGUGUUGCCAGUACAUUACCUUAAGUCUUGGUCUCUGUGAGACUCUGUGGUCUUGCAUUACUGAUUAAAGAUGAAAUCUUCAUGAAAUUGUGUAGUCUGUUUAUUGUGUAUGGUUGGCCGGGUGGGCAUGGUAAAGUUCAUAAGUAGCUGCUUAUGAACUUCACUAAACAUGAGAUGCUAUAAGUAGCUUAUGCUGUGUAUGGUGAAUGUUAGUCUGUUGAGCUCAAACUAACCACCUGGUGUGUUGCUCAGAAGCACAAACGUGGAACCCUUUCAUGGAGGUUCAGCAUCUGUGGUGACUACAGUGGUGUGUCCUUCAGUGUCUGUGAUAUGUUAUCUGAGUAAUGGCUUUCAUUUACAUAACACACUGACCCUUCCACUGCCAGGUGCACUGUGAUGCAUUCACAUCACAUCUGUUGCCCUGCAGCAAGGGCAGUCUGACCUACACCUUAGGGCUGUGGGGUAUGCCACCAGUGAAGCCAUGACAUGUGCCAAGGGUUCAUCAGGCUGGGCACCUUUGCCUGGAACCUGAUUGAUGAACCAUUAGUUAGGGAGUCAGCAAAUGUCAGAUUCUUACUAUGGCAAAACUAUAUCAAUGAUGAUCUAAUAUAUGGCAGUUCCAAAGGUUUCAUUAGGGAGACCCUUGAUAUGUCACAUAUAUGGAAAAUAGUUAUGUAUAAGUUGAGCAUGCCAGGUAUGCUUAUCCCCAUAAUAAUGUGUUUCCUGCCAGCGGGAAUCACUGCACAUUUGUUACUUGAAGCUUGGGUGUGGAUAUAUACAAUAUAUUUAUGAUGCAUGAAGCAUUCCUGACAGGGAAGGAUGUAGAGUAGGCAGAAUGAUCAGGGCUUAAAAAGUUAUUAAAAAAAAAAAUGGUGAUGGUAUACUUCACUGAUUUGUGCAUUGAGCUGAUAAGGUCUGGUGUGUGGAGGUCAGUAUGUUGUAUAUUUAACUGUUUCAGUGAGGGGAAACAGGCUCUUUGGCAGCCCUUAGAUCAUGAGGUAGGGUUCAGUGUUGUUAAAAUUUAUGUGGUAUAUUUACGCAAAUGAUUGCUGUUCUGUUUUAUAUAAUCAUCAACAACUAUUUACAUAUAUAUGGUAUAUGAGCAAUGAAAAUUUGCACCAUAUUUACAGUGUAUUUAAAUUAUUUUUAUGAUUCCAACAUUCGCAACCUGUUAAUAAAAACAGAAUAAAAGAAAAAACAAGAAACUUAUUUUACCUUAUCAGAGAAUGUGAAGGCCUGCCCCUGUCAAUUUUUUUUUUGUGAAUGUGAUUUUUAAUAUAUUACAUAUAAACCCUGGAUCCUGAGCAGCAAAAAUUGAAAAAAAAUAAAUAAAUAAAAAAUAAAAUAAAU